AUGCUCGGCCCUCGCCCCACUCCCGUGCAGCCUGCAUAUCGCACGGGCAGCACCUACACCGGCGUGGACGAGUCGGUCGUCGGCUGCAAGCCGGGCAUCGUCAAGACCGUGGUCAAGGUCGACGAGGGCGUCUACAAGACGCGUGAGGUCAAGCUGACGCUGCGAUACGGCGGCUACGACCCCGACACGUACGACGGCGCCGACGGCCUCGUCCUCAGCCUGACCCUGCCCGCCAAGUGGCUGGACGGCGGCGUGCCGAUCCGGCGGCUGCGCGACGCCUUCAUCGGCCACUACCGCAAGAAGCGGCCGUCGGCGCGGCUGGCUGCUGCGGCGGACGAGGAGUGGGGCCUGGCCAUCAAGGACGAGUCGAUGCUGCUCUUCUCGAAGAAGCGGCUCGACGACGACGCCGACCUGACCAAGGCCCUCUACGACCGCCAGGAGGUGUACGCGAUGACGGCGCGCGCCCAGAUCCUGCCCGGCGCAACCUUUGUCGUCCUCGCCGGCUGGUACAAGCAGCAGUGCGUGCUCGCGCUCGACAUUGGGCUGCGCACCGCGGAUGACUCCAUCGAGGUGCUCGACGGCGCCCUGACGCUGCAGCAGGUCUACGAGCAGUCGAUCGCCGCCGCCGCGACGCUCGCGAAGCGACUCGCCGCCUCGAGCGGCGCCGCCCUCCCCGACGCCCCGGACCUGCCCGCCGACUCGCCCCUCGCCGCCGUCGCCGCCGCCGCCGCCGCCGACACGGACGACCCCGCCGCCUCCUUCGAGCCCGCGGAGGCGUUUGCCGGGCCGCGCGCCGGAAGGGUCUUCAAGCGCGGCGCGCGCGGCGUCGGGUACUAUUCCGACGCCGCGGCCGGGGGCGGGGCGGCGGGCGGCGGCGGCGGCGGCAGGGGCGGCGGCAGGGGCGGCGGGGACGGCGGUGGCGGCGGCGGCAGGGGCGGCGGCAUGGGCGGCCCCGCAAAGGCGCGCACGGCGGCGGUCGCGGCGCGAGAGAGCGCGGCGAAGGCGGCGCGGGAGCUGGAGGAGGCGAUUUCGCUCGGAAUCCCGGACCGGUUGCGGCAGGCGCUGGUGGGGCGCAGCGAGCAAGCCGAGGCGGCGGCAGAGGCGGCGGAGGCGGAGGCGGAGGCGGCGGAGGCGGAGGCAGCAGAGGCAGCGGCGCGGCAGGGGGUAGCAAAGGUGGAGGCGGCGCCGCCGCCGGCCGAGGGGGCGGAGGAGGUGCCGCCGGACGUAGAGGCGGAGGUGGAGGGCGGGGAGGGGGCUGGGUCAGCCGCCGCAGAGCGCGGCCAGAAGGCGCCCGGAGAGGCGCCCAGCUUCCUCGGCCGCGCGAUGGUGCUCGGGGCGCUACCUGCGCCACGCGGCUGGACCGCCCCGGCGGAGACCCAGCCCUCCGUCAACGAGAACGAGAAUUGCGCAAUCAUGUGA